AUGCAAUACGUUCAACCGUCGCAUCUAUACACUCGCUUGGUAGAUACGAUACCGACAACCCUACCCUGGUCAUCCAGCAACUCGUCAGUGAAGGGAGAUCCCAAAAAGAGCGUCAAGUGGAUCGAUGGUCUCCGGGGCAUCGCUUCAUUCUUAGUCGUAUUAACCCAUCUUGCACGAGCAUGGGACUACAAUCUAUUCUCACCACGCGAUAACGAAGAUGCAACACCACGAAUUCUCCAAUGGCCAAUUCUCCGCAUUCCCUGGCAAGGUCGGAUCGGUGUGACCAUAUUUGCCUUCCUCACCGGCUAUGUCUGCGCGCUCAAACCGCUCAAGUUAUCGCGAGCUGGUGACACAACUGGUGCAUUCGUCACUAUAGCGAAGAGCGCGUUCCGAAGACCUCCACGCCUAAUACUCCCAGCAACAAUUGCCCUUGUUGUCUCGUGGGUGGUUGCGCAGUUCGGAGGGUUCAUUGUUGCGAAUAGAUCGGACUGUUGGUGGUGUCGAUAUGCGGCGCCGGAUCUAGAGGAUUCCUUUUGGAAAGAACUUCUUCGUCUGCCAAUGAACUUCUUGUCGACUUGGACGACUGGAUAUAUGGCUUAUGAUGAUCAUCAGUGGGCACUCUUGCCACUACUUCUGUCGUCGAUGUUGGUGUAUAUCACUCUUUCGGCGACUAUGUUUGUCAAGUUCCGGUAUAGAGCAUUGAUCUAUAUUGGCAUGAUGCUCUAUUUUCACCAAGGCGCCACAAAGAAUACAGAAACCUUCCAACUCCAAGCCGUAUACGGCAUGCUCCUGAGUGAUUUCUCAUACAACAAAGCCCUAAAUGGAUGGAUCGAAGACCAUCCCCGAGGCCGGAAGAUGUUUACAAUCCCACUCACCGUGUUCGGUUUAUUGAUUGCCUCAUAUCCAGGCGAGCAUCCCGAGUGGGCGGGCUGGUCUAACCUCAUGUUCAAAGCAAGCCAAUACAUCUUCCCACCAGAAGUCAACAUUGGCAAGCGGUACACCGCGCUCGCAAUCGACCUCAUUAUUCUCGCGAUCUUUUUCUCACCUUCUACAAAAGACUUCCUCUCCAAUCGACUGCUUCUCUGGCUCGGUAAGCAGAGUUUCGCCGUCUACCUUAUUCACGGCACAAUGCUUCGUGUCGUGCUCUGCUGGAUGCUGUAUGGAAUCAGUGGACAGCCUUGGGAGGGAUCUGAAGCUCGGACGGAUGAUCAGCGUGACUGGAUUCCUAUCCGGUCUCCAGGGGUGGUUGUGGUGAGUAUUCCCAUCUGGAUCGGGUUAGUAUAUCUUCUUGCUGCGCUGUGGACGGCGUAUGUUGAUACCUUCUGUGCUUCCCUGACGCAGAAGUUGGAGCGUGCCAUGUUUAUAGAAGAUGAGAAGACUCCGUUGCCGUUGCCUGCGACAUCGAUCCCCAUGCAGACUGCGUAA